ACCACCUUCCCAACAAAUCUAGCAGCGAGAGUUCGACGAGAAGGUUGAAACCAACCAAUCCAAGACCAAUGGCGGCGGCAAAAGAGGGCGGCGACGACGCCGGCAACGUGAUCCUCCUCAUCAGCUCCGACGGGGAGCAGUUCGAGGUGCCGGAGGCGGCGGCGAGCCUGUCGAGGAUCGUGAGCCACAUGAUCGAGGACGGCUGCACGGAGAACGGGGUCCGUCUCCACAACGUCGCCUGCAGCGUCCUCGUCAAGAUCAUAGAAUACUGUAACAAGCACGCCGCGGCCGCCAUGGAGACCGCCGAGGAUUUGGAGAGCUUUGACGCCGAGUUCUUCGACGUGGACAAGACGAUGCUGUUCGACUUGAUCAUGGCGGCUAACUACAUGGACAUCAAGAGGUUGCUAUAUCUCGCAACCCAGCACGUCGCGGACGUGAUCAAGGGAAAGUCAGUGGACGAGAUCAGAAAGGAGUUCGGUAUCAGGAAUGAUUAUAUGCCGGAGGAGUAG